AUGUCCAGGUAUAUUUAUACUUGGAGAAGAAAAUGGCAACCCAUUCUAGUAGUCUUGCCUGGAGAAUUCAAUGAACAGAGGGGCCUGGCAGGCUACAGCCCAUCGGGUAGCAAAGAGUUGGACAUGACUGAGCAUGCACACACAUACACACAUUUACACUAUGUGAUAUUAAAGGAGUUUUCUAGUGACUGGGCAGUAGUGAGCCAAGAUGUCUAUGGAAACAGAAGCGGUGGAGUAGGUAGACUGUCACAUCCCAGGCCAUUUCUCUCCCAGAUGAGUAAGCUGUUCCUGAGCAGAAAGACUCACUGCCUACUGCCUACCAGCUGCAGUGGGGAUGACCAGGGCCAGAGUCCCAACUCCUCUGCCAGCCUGAGAUGA